UCAUGGACAAAGUCGAAUUUGCGCACGCAACUCUCGCUUAAGUGGGAUUGGAACGCUCCCAUCCAUUCAAAAAUCGCGCUACAAGCAAUUUUUGCGCGAUUUAUACUCAGCUAUUUUACAAAAAUGACACAUUGCGAAAAUGAAAACCAUCCUCAUUAUUGCCUUGGCUACGGUUUUGGCCAAAUUGGCCCACUUUCACGAAAAUGGCGCCUCUUUAGACGAACAAUGGGAGAAGUUUAAGCAAUCGUACAAUAAAACCUACUACGGAUAUCUCGAUACUUCGCGGAAAUUGGCCUGGCAAUCCAACUUGGAGAAAAUCAAGAAGCAUAAUGAAGAAGCCGACAAAGGGCUGCAUUCCUAUUACAUCAAGGAGAAUGAUUUAAGCGACAUGAGUACACAGAGCUAUUUGCAAAAAAUGGUUAAGCUGACCAAGAGCACCCACCGCAAGGUCGACCCUGAGGUGGUGGGUGACUUGUUCGAGCUCCUCCACCACAUCCCUGAAGAAGUCAACUGGGUGGAAAAAGGGUUUGAAACACCCUCAUACAAUCAGAAAGACUGCGGCUCUUGUUACGCCUUCAGCAUUGCCAGCGUCUUACAAGCCCAAAUUUUUAAACAAACCGAAAAACUGGUACCCUUGAGUGAGCAGCAAAUCGUCGACUGUAGCGUCUCCAUGGGUAAUUAUGGUUGCGGGGGCGGUUCACUUAGAAACACCUUGCGGUAUUUGGAGAAAGCCGGGGGGUUGAUGACGUACAGUGACUACCCUUACUUGGCCAGACAACAAAGGUGUCGCUUUGAUAAGCACAGAGCGAUUGUAAACUUGACCACCUGGGCGGUUUUGCCCGCAAGGGAUGAAAGGGCUUUGGAACUAGCUGUGGCUAAAAUCGGGCCCGUGGCAGCGUCCAUCAAUGCAAGCCCUCACACUUUCCAACUUUACCAUUCUGGUGUGUACGACGACGUGGCCUGCAGUUCAAAUCACGUCAAUCAUGCGAUGCUUAUUGUGGGAUACACGAAAAAUGCCUGGAUUUUGAAAAACUGGUGGGGGAAGCAUUGGGGCGAAAAAGGCUACAUGAGGCUGAGAAGGGGGAAAAACCGGUGCGGAAUUGCGAACUAUGCAGCUUAUGCUUUAGUGUAAUUGCAAAGAAUGCGUAUAUUGGAAACCUUUUAUUAUUUUUAUUUGAGAUGACAUUCAACAGUAUACUGAAACAUUCGUUUUUUACAAAUUUAAAAAAUAUUAUAUUCAAAAACGUUAAUAAAUCUUUAACAUUAUCAAAUAUUUAUAGUCUAAUAUUAAUUUAUUAAUUGUACAUGAAAUUUUACAUACACUGAAAGCAAGAAAACGUGUGACUCUCGUUAAGAACUAAACGAAAGUAUACAAACAAGAAUAAAAAACUGUUGACAUGUAUCAUCAAAUCGUUACAGAACAUUGUGUUUAAAUUUGAA